AUGAAAGCCACCCUCAGAAAAGCCAAGCUUGACGACGUCGACGCCCUCUGCAACGUCUACAUGUCCGCCUUCACCCACGAAAUAUUCAGCCGCCAAGUCUUCCCGCGACUCUCAGGCACCGGCCGCGCCUACUGGUCGGAAGCAUUUUCCGAAGAGCUCCAAGAACCGGACGCCACAUUCCUCGUGGCCACCGAUCCUGCUUCGUCCACGCCAGACAAGAUCGUCGGCUACGUGAAAUGGGUGCGACCGGAUGCCGCAGCACAGGACUACUCUGAAGAUGGAUACCCUGAAGAUGGGCUCCCAGAGGUAGCGAGCGAGUUUUAUAAAAAGCUGUUUGAGGGACAUAAACGGAAUAUGGGCGAGACGAGGCAUUGGUACCUGGAUAUGAUGGCCGUGGAGAAGGACUCCAUGGGUAAGGGCCUCGCCCGACAGAUGAUGGAAUGGGGACUCCAGAAAGCUAGGGAAGAUGGUGUAGUUUGCUUCGUGGAAGCGACGGCUGAUGCGAGGCCUUUUUAUGAGCAUUUCGGGUUUCGAGAGAUUGAUAGGAUGGGCGUCGAUACGCCAGAGGGGAGGGCGGAAGUCAUUUUCAUGGUUAGAGAUAUAGACAGCUGA